AUGUCGUCUACAGCCCAACAGAUCAACCAGAUCGCAAAUGAAUACAACUCGAAGCUCAACAAGGUUGCGUAAGUUGGCUCCGCCCUGGCGAGUUUGCAUUGGGUGUCGUGGAUACCCGGCAGCGUUCUUACACCAAGUGUGAUUUCCCUCUCAUCUCGAAUUCAUACUUUUGCACGUUUCUGCCACUCCAGUCCCAAAGCCGUGGGCAUCCAGUUGGCUUUGAUGGCCGCGCUCGGGCUCACCGCCAUCGUCUCCUUUUCGAUCCUUCGACCCAACAACUCGGUCGUCUACCAACCCAAAGUCAAAUACUCGGAGGAUGAGAAGCGACCUCCCAAGUUGGGCAAGGGUCUUACAAGUUGGUACGUUUAUCACUUCUAGGCUGAACUGCGACAGCGGGGUUGGCGAAACCUCAUUCAUGUGACUUGCUACCUGAUAGGGUUGGACCUACGUUCAGAACCGACGAGCAGCAACUUUUGACCACGAUUGGUUUGGAUGCCGUAACAUAUCUGAGGUUUCUGAAAAUGUGCCGCAAUGCGUGAGUGCUCCGUUCAAGACGAGCUUCGCGAGAGAAAAGCCGUUGAUGUCGUGCUGCCACGGUACACUCAUGCAGUCUUCUCGUCACCGCUGCAUUGACUUGCGCCGUCCUGAUCCCGCUCGACGUCAUCUACAACUUGCGCAACGUGACGUCUAAGAACCGCAACUCCCUGCUCAUCCUGACCAUCUCGAAAGUGCGCGGCUCAUGGCUCUGGGCCCAUGUAACCAUGACCUACGUCCUCACCGCCGUCGUCUUCUACUUCAUCUGGGUCAACUACGACCAGAUGGUCAAGAUGCGUUGGCAAUGGUUCCGAUCCGACGAGUACCAAAACACCCUCCACGCGCGAUCGAUCAUGGUCACCCAGAUCCAGAAACGCGAUCGGUCCGAUGAAGGCCUGUUCAACCUCUUGCGAACUCUCCAAAUCCCGUACCCUACGACCGCCGUUCACAUCGGUCGCAAAGUCGGCACUCUGCCCGAAUUGAUCCAACGACACAAUGAUGCCGUACGCGCACUCGAAGGCGUGUUGACGAGCUACUUCAAGGACCCGAAUCGAAUAGCGACGAACCGACCGACUAUGAGGGUCGGUGGAUGGAUGGGCAUGGGUGGCAAGAAGGUCGACUCGAUAGAUUACUUGACGCAGAAGAUCCAACGCUUCGACGAGAGAAUCGAGGUGACGCGACAAGGAAUCACUGGCGCCAAGCCCGAGAAUUAUGGUUUCGCCUCGUUUGAAACUGUUCCGUACGCACACCUCGUAACGAAAAAGCUCGAAGGCAAGAAGAAGGGUGAUGCACGCUGGGAUCUCGCCCCUUCGCCGCAAGACAUCAUCUGGGACAAUCUGACGAUGCACGACAACUCGCGGCGCAAGAACAAGUUUUUCGGUGCCAUCUUGCUCGUCGUCUUUUGCAUCUUCUACCUCAUACCCUUGGCCGCGGCUUCGUUGUUGGCCAAUUUGGCUUCCCUGAUCGCCUACGUCAAGUUCAUCCGUGACUGGCAAAAUAAUUACCCUACAUUGUUCGCCGCAUUCGUCGGAGUGGUGCCCUCCCUCCUCACGGCUUUGUUACAGUUGUUGCUUCCCGUGGUCAUCCGUGCGAUCGCUUCGAUGCAAGGAGCUAUAACCCACUCGCGUGCAGAUCGAGUCGUCACGGCGAGGUACUCAGCGUUCGUCAUCAUCUCGCAAUUUGUCAUCUUCACGUUGCUCGGUGUCGUGGUUCAAGUCGCGAUGAAACUUUAUGUCGAGAUUGACGCCCACUCGUCGGCCUCCGAGAUUUGGAAUUACCUCAAGACGGUUCCUGAUACACUGUUAGUAGCCUGCGCACCGGUCAGGAAGCUGAAGAAUAUUGCCAAUGACUGAUACGAACUCCUCUCUUCCAGUCAAAAUACGUACAUCAUCCAAAGUUCUUAUUGGCUUACCGUCUUCCCACUUCGAGGAGCGUCGGCGCUGUUCGAUCUUGCGCAAUUGAUCGCACUGCUUUACGUUUGGAUCCGCACGCGACUAUUCGGUCGCACGCCUCGCGAGAUCCGUGAAUGGACCAAGCCGCCAGAAUUUGAUUACCCGGUCUACUACUCAAACCACCUGCUCAUGGUCGCCGUCGCGCUCGUCUAUGCACCCAUCGCUCCUCUCGUCCCUCUAUUCGGAUGCUUCGCUUUCGCAGUGUCUUACUGGGUCUACAAGUAUCAGCUGAUGUACGUCAACACGACCCGCGUCGAGACGGGAGGUCGAUUGUGGAACGUCUGCAUCAAUCGUGUCUUGGUGUGCGUGGUCCUCAUGCAUGCCUUGAUGGCCGUUACGAUGGGCUUGACGUCGAACUGGUACCACUCGAUCUCGAUCGCGCCCCCCUUCAUCGGCGUCUUUGUCUUCAAAUUCUUCCUCGAUCGACAGUUCAGCGACCGUUUCCGUUGGUAUGUGCCCUCGCAGACCGAGUUGGCCGAAUUGAGGAUUCAUCACGCCGACGCGAGGAAGAACCGCCUCGAGCGUCGCUUCGGUCACCCGUCCAUGUUCGACCCGCUCUUCACCCCGAUGCUGCACAAAAAGAUCCAGCACCUGCUGCCGACGAUCUAUCAUGGCCGGAUCGAUCAAACCCGCGGUACACUCGAAGGCAAGAAGGUCGAACAGAACAAGAUCGGCGGUCUCACGUUCGACUUGCUCGAGGAGAGUCAGUUAGCUUUCGAUCGCAACGCAUACUUGCAUCAGCGCGACGAGGAUGCGAUGACCAUUUCUUCCGCGACCCAAUUGCAAGCCAGUCCUGGCACCGGUCCGGGAAUGGGACCUGGUGCGGCGGGCCGAUACGUCGAUGGCGGCGAUUACUUCAACACGCGAAGGGAACAAUACCUUCAACACGGGGCGAGCAAGAAUGGAAGUCCUCUCGGUACUCCGAUCGAUGAUAUGGACGUACCGAAUGAGUUGUCGAGGAUGCCGACGGGAGGCACGAUGGGCCCCAACUCGUCGACCGAUCAGCUGAUCCAGUACCCUCCCUCUUACGCGGUCAAUUCGUUCGGCUCUCAACCGGGUGGAAGUAUGUCUAGGUACGCCGGACAUCAACCCACGUCCUCAGUAGGAUCAACGGCGAAGUACCCCUCCGUCGCGCCGAGUGAUCAUGAAGAAGAGUACCUGCACGAACAGCAACAACAACAGAGGAGAAUGAGCGCCAUGGACUUUGGCGUCCCUCUUCCCUCCUCCCCCCACGCCAACUACUCCGCCGUCUCUCGAUCUCGUACACCCUCACCCGGACCUGAUCAAGCUUAUCGGGCUGCAAGGGACUCGAGAGCCUCGUUCGAAGGCGCAUUCGGGAACAGCCUCCCCUCUCGUCAUGCCGGAAGUCAACAACCCCCGAUGCACAACAUCCGCCAAGGCAGUCUCCCACCCGGUCCUUCACCCAGGGGUUUACCGAUGGGUGCCGCACCUCCUCGACCCAUUGGACCGGCCACUUCCCCUCCUUUCAUCCCUCAUCCGCCGAUGGCGAACUCUUUGUCUCCUUUCGCGGCUUUCAGCCCUCGACCAACGGGUAAUGGCUCGCCGCGAGGAUACGAGGAGCCUUUCGAUCGUCGAUAG